GAGAGGGGGUCUAGAACUGAUCCUGGUGGGACACCAUAUUAGAGAGGACCAGAGGAGGACAUACAGUUGCUACUGAAAAAAGAAGGACCUGAGCUAGCUAGCGAGAGUGUUGAGUUUGUUUGCAGGAAGAUCUCCAAUGGGGUCUUCUAAAAAGACCUUUUCAUUUAGUACCUACUCAGUGCGGCUUGGUUCAUCUCAACCCAGUUCUAAUGUAUUCCCAUUUAAUAACAGGCCCAUGGUCGCAUUCCCCUUUUCAUGAUCUGCUACGAUGUGGGACCAUGCACACCGAAUCAGGCCAAAAAUGCAACGUUUCAGGCUGUUGGUCACAACUUGGCUAGGGGCGGAGUCAUUGCCUGGCUAGGGGGUGGAGCUCCUGAUUGCUCCAGAGUUUUUCUCUUGCUGUCCACAGCCUUUUCAGGGUUCAGAGGCUUUGUCGAGUACAGAUCACCUCGCGUGUUGCGUCCUCCCCUUCCACUAAGACGAGCCCACACACACGAUCAUUUCUCAGUUUUAAGUGCAUGAUUGGUUGGUUUGUUUGUUUCCAGAAUCAACGCAAAAACAUAGAAACGUCCAAACUUCUGAUUGUCAUGAAGCCAAACAGAAUGGAUAAAGUCUCCUGGACCAAGCUAAAGACAACCCAGAAACCCUCAGGCCCUCUUCAUCUUCCUCUUCCUACCUCAGUCUGGUUUUGCGUCUCCGGUUUAUCGUUUCACAGAGACGAGUCUUCUCUCUCUGAAGGAUAAAUGAACCUGAGACCUGAACCAGCUCUCCUGACUCAGCUGGACUCAGUCUUCUUCUAAUUUGGGUUUUUUCUUACAGAUUUGCUAAAUAUUUUAGAAAAAAUUCUACAAAGUGCCAGAAUAUUUCAAGCCGACAACCUCUGAACUAAAGAUCUGGGGUCUCAUUUAUCAAACAUUGCAUUGAAUCCUUACUAAAACCGUACUUAAGCUCAGCAAAAAAAAUGUACUUACGCCAAGCAGGUGUGUGAUCUAUCAAACCUGGAGGACGCACAGCUGCACGCAAUCUCCGCUUCAUAAAUCAGAGACUAACGAGAAUGUUUCUCAGCUGCUUUUUAGUCACAUCCCGCCCUCACCGCGCCCACUUACUGCCAUAAAUAGUCAAUGCAAAGUGCCUUGUGGAUCUCAUGCAUAUACAUAAGCCGGCUGUUGCAGCGCUCCGCCAAUGACAUGGCGACCGUAGAUCAAGGCAAAUCAAGGAAGUGCAAUUUCACAGAAGCAGAAGUUGAGGUACCUGUGGGUGAGGUGGAGAAAUGAAAGGAAGUGCUUUUGCAAAACAAAUAAGAGAAAAUCCACAGAGUGGCACAGCGUUGCUGAAGCCGUCAAUGCUGAGUUCUUCAGAGAGAUCUGUGGCGGAUAUUAAAAAAAAUGGUCCAAUCAGGAUUCGAUCCCCAGACUCCCAGGUGAAAGUCACGCACACUAACCAGUCACCCAAACAGAGAUCUCCCUAGUCCAAGUAGCCAGGGCGCAUGAUUAAUUGGGUCACAGUGACAGGACACACACUGUCACAGACGCAUGAUGUUCUGUCUCAAUCUGCCCCCCUGCUGAUAUUCUGCAUUCCGUAUUCUGCGCUUCAGGCUGUUUGUGCGUGCGUGUGCGUGUGUGUGUGUGUUCAUGGUGUGUGUGUGUGCGUGUGGGGGGGGUCUUGUUCUGUGUGAAAACGAAGCAGUACAAGGAUAAUGCUGCAGGAUUUCAUAAAGUUAUCCUUCUCAGCAGCAGCACUGCAGGUGCUCUCCAUGUCCAACAUGUGCGUAAGCCAGGUCCUUAGUCAAAUUAAAGUUGCGCACAUUUUUCCACUGAGUUUUCUUUGAUAAAUCCCAAAGUUUGCGUGGAAAGUUGCUUACGCAGUUUUCCGACCCCGUUUUGUGCGUAAGCAAGCUUGAUAAAUGAGGCUCCAGUUUAUUUAUCAGCAGCAGUGAAACUGAGACCAGUUUAACUCCCAGACUGGGUGAUUUGGCAGUGUUGCUGUGGAGACUGGGUUGUUGCCAUGGCGACAUUACAACAGGCACUUACAGUUUGACAGUCAGAUGAAAAGGGGAAGAAGAAAAUGUUUGAACAAGUUCAGAGUCACAAUGAGGAGACUUACCUGCUCAGGUGUUUUACAUAUUUCUGAUUUCGGGUUUUAAUCUGAGAACGUCACGGUUUCACUCGGCUCUGAAACCAGGGAGAGGGCUCUGCCUGCCAGGCUCAGAGUGGAAAUGAGAUUCACUCCCAGCUCAGAGAUGAAUUUUCCAAAACUCUCGUGGGCGGUUUCUCUCCAAAGAAGCUGAUCUCAGGUCAGUUUCUGCUGCAGCACUCCUCAGGCUCCAUCUUUUCAGGCAGCUCACACGGUCUUGUGUUUAGGUGGGACUAUCUUAUCUGGUUCAUCCAUUCUGACAGGGAAACGGCAUCAUGUCCUCUGAUUGGUAAAGAGGAGAUGCCAUGUUGGCCUCCUCCAUCUCAGCAGUACUCCUUCUCCCCCUCCUCCUCCUCCCCCAUCCCUCCCACCCAGCGGAUCCCCUCUGGGUGAAGCUGGAAGGCUCCCCCCUCUCCCACCUCUCUCUGCAUCCGGGGCUGGGACACCUGUAUGUGGGCGGAGUUGACCACCUUUACCAGCUGACCUCUGACCUGGAGGUGAUUUCACACGUUGUAACUGGUCCUCAACUGGACUCCCCAGACUGUCUUCCCCCAAUCAUUCCCCAAGAUUGCCACUCGGCCACGCCCACUCACAACUACAAUAAGCUGCUGCUGAUGGAGGAGGGGCAGGGGGCGGAGCCAGGAAGCCUGAUUGUCUGUGGUUCACUCUUCCAAGGAAUCUGUGACAAAAGGAGUCUGUCCAACAUCUCUCAGAUUCUCUAUCAGACCUCCAACCCCGUGGACACUCAGUACGUUGCAGCCAAUGACCCUCGAGUGUCCACAGUAGGUGUGGUAAUAACCACCAAAGGCAAACCGGUAGCAGGAGGAGCUGAUGGUGUGCUGGGAUUGAUGCUGGUUGGUCGAGGCUAUACCAGUAAAGGUCCUGGAGAUAUCCCCCCGAUCACCACACGACGACUGUACCCAACGAUUCCACCCCGCAGGGCCUUCUCUCAGGAGGAGGACCUUGGAAAACUUGUUGUCGGAAGUUACUCUGAGUACAACAACCACUUUGUGAAGGCUGUUGUCCACAGCGACCAUGUGUACUUCCUGUUCUCUCGACGGGACAUGUGGCACAAGAAAGAGUACAGGACCUACGUCUCCAGGCUCUGCACCUCUGACCGCAGCUUCUACUCGUACGUGGAGGUGCCGCUGCAGUGCAAUGGUGGCUACAACCUGGCCCAGGGGGCGUGGCUAGGAAACCACUCAGGGGAGCCAUCUCUGUUCAUUGUCAUGGCGGCUGGGCAGGCCUCUACUCCAGUUGCAACAAGUCACUCUGCCCUCUGUGUUUAUGGGAUGGCAAAGCUUGAUGCCAUGAUGCUGCGAGCACAGGAAGUGUGUUACACAGAGGGAGGAAGAGGCAGCGGCGGACAGGAAGAAGCAUACAUCGAGUACGCCGUGUCAUCCAAGUGUCUCAGAUUACCAAAGGACUCUCUCUCAGAGUACCCCUGUGGGUGGGAACACACCCCCAACCCCAUCGCCAGUGCUGUGCCUCUGCAGGCCGGGCCUACCAUCACGCUACCCACUCAGCUGACUGCUGUCACAGCAGCUUCAGAGGCUGGUCACACCAUUGCUUUCCUAGGAGACCAAGAGGGACGACUGCACAAGGUUUUGGUGCGUCCUGAUGGGUCAGGUGACCUGUAUGGCAGCCUGCUGGUGAACAGUGAUGGCGCCAUCAGUGCUGAUCUGCUAUUGGACGGCAGCCUUCAGCAUGUUUAUGUGUUAUCUGAUGACCAGCUGUCAAAGGUUCCUGUGUCAUCCUGUGAGACACAGAGGGACUGUCAGUCCUGCCUGUCCAACAAAGACCCAUACUGUGGCUGGUGUGUCCUGGAGGGCCGGUGUUCCCGUAAACAUCAGUGUCAGCGCCACCUGCUGGCAAACCACUGGCUUUGGAGCUUUGAACCAACCAAUCAGUGCAUCACAGUGCAGAGCCUGCAGCCAGCCAAUCAGAGCAAAGAGGAGCAGGCACAGGUAACUCUGACAGUCCUUCAGCUUCCUGCUCUUAAAGGGGCAGAGGUCCUUUCCUGUGUCUUUGGAAACCUCCCACCGCAACCUGCGGUUGUCAAGGAAACAAGCAUUGCCUGUCAGUCCCCUGCACCAGAGCUCCUCCCAGCCACACCCGCAGGAAGAGAUCACAUGAUCCUGCCCAUGUCUCUGAUGUUCGGUCAUGUGACCAUCACCACAGGAAACAUGACCUUCUAUGAUUGCAGAGCUGCAAGCCAACUGAACCAGAGUUCCCAGUGUUUGGCUUGUGUCAGCUCAGUGUGGAGGUGUAACUGGUGUCCUCUGGAUGAACUCUGCACCCACAAACACAGCUGCCCCAACCAACACAUCAUUCUGAACCAGAGGGACAUCUCCGGUCCUACAUCGUGUCCAAUGGUCUUUAGUCUUAGGAGUUCUGCCUUCGUGCCCAUGAGCCUGAGCUCCACUGUGGUGCUGGAGGGACGAAACCUGGAUAUUUACAUGGAUGGCGAUCCGUAUGUGUGUGUUGUUGAUAUUGAAGGAGUCCAGUUUAACCUGACAGCUGCUGAACAGACAACAAGUGACAACACUCGCAUCUUCACCUGCAGGUCACACAAGUUUCAGUAUCCAAUCAGUCACCUGCAGUAUGCAGCUACAGUCUACCUACGAAGGGGACAUAGACGUAUUGACACCUUACCUGGACUCAAACUCCAGCUCUACGACUGUGCAGCUGGUCAGUCUGACUGUUCACAAUGCAAAGCGGUUCCUGAGGAGUUUGGCUGUGUGUGGUGUCCAGGAAGUCCCUCUCCCAGCUGCGUUUACAGCAAGUCAUGUCUGAGUAAACCUGCAGACACCUGUCCACCUCCUCACAUAACUCAGGUGCUACCUUUAUCUGGGCCUUUAGAAGGUGGAAUCCUGGUGACCAUCUCAGGGUCAAAUCUGGGCACCAAAUACCAGGAUGUGAUGGGCGGAGUUAAAGUGGCAAACAUCCCGUGUGUACCUCAGUCGAAAGGGUAUCAGAUCUCCACCAGGGUUGUGUGUGAGCUGCAGUCCAGUGGGAUAAGGAAGGUGGGGCCUGUUGAAGUUGCAGUGGGAAACGUUUCACUUGGUCAGUCAGUGCAGAUGUUCACCUAUCAGGACCCCCGGCUCCUGGAUCUUGUUCCGGAUAAAGGUCCAGUUUCUGGUGGAACUAGGCUUACCAUCAAAGGACAGCAGCUGCUGACUGGACAGCCAUCAGACCUGAGUGCCUUCCUGGGUUCCCAUCCCUGUUACAUUUUGAACGAGGUUAAGGAUUCCCAGUUGGUGUGUGAGACCAGUUCCAGUAAUCGGACCAGUCCAGUUCCAGUUCGGGUUUUCUUUGGUAAAGCUGAGCGGACUGUUCCCAACAUUCCCUUCCGUUACCUUGACGACCCCGUAAUCACAGAUGCUACACCUGCUGAGAGCUUCUAUGCCGGUGGGCGUGUUGUCAUGGUAACGGGCAGGAACCUGGAUGUGGUGCAGCAGCCAAAGAUCUCUGUUGCAGUGGAGACUAUGGAGGUCCAGAGGGUGAAAAGAAGACGACGAUUGGCUGUCCUAACCUCCAAGCAGCAACUGGUUUUUAAUCCAACUGUAAUGAUGGUGUCGGAGCUCUGUUCUGUCCAUUCGUUCUCUCAGAUGACCUGUCCGACCCCCACAGUGUCCCCAGAGCUGAAGGUUAAAGGUGUCUGGUUUCAACUGGACAACGUCAAAAUCCACUUUGAGAAGAUAAAGGGUGAAGGUUUCACGUAUCAUCAGAACCCUCAGCUGUUUCCUCUGAACCGGGAUGCUCCGGAAGCUCCGUAUCGUUUCAAACCAGGAGGAGUAAUAGCUGUGGAGGGUCAGGACCUCACGAGAGCCAUGUCUAGGCUGGAGGUGCGGGCUCAGCUUGGAGACCAGGAGUGCGAACUGAAAACUCUGGACAGCACUCACCUGUACUGCGAACCGCCAGAGGUUCAACCGAGGAGCGUGGAUGACAACAAGCUGCCCAGCCUCAAGGUGUUCAUGGGAAACCUCCAGGUGGAUCUGGGACAGGUUCAGUAUGACAGUGACUCAUUACUGUCUCCCGUCCCAUUGGCUGCUCAGAUUGGUUUGGGGGCUGGAACUGCCGUCGUCAUCCUGUCGGUGCUGAUCGUCAUCCUGAUGUACAGGAGGAAGAGUAAACAGGCUCUCAGGGAUUACAAGAAGGUUUUGUUGCAGUUGGAAACUCUGGAGAUUAACGUGGGAGAUCAGUGCCGCAAAGAAUUCACAGACCUGAUGACUGAGAUGAUGGACCUGAGCAGUGAUGUUGGAGGACCUGGACUUCCUCUGCUGGACUACAAGACCUAUGCAGAGAGAGUUUUCUUCCCCGGUCAGCAGAUGGCGCUAUUGAUCCGACAGCUGGACGUGCCAGACUCCAGGAAGCAGACUGUUGAGCAGGGCCUUCAGCAGCUCAACAACCUUCUCAACAACAGACUCUUCCUCACCAGGUUCAUCCACACUCUGGAGGCCCAGCAGGGUUUCUCUCAGAGGGACCGGGGCUACGUGGCCAGUCUGCUCACCAUGGCUCUUCACGAUAAGCUGGAGUACUUCACUGAGGUCAUGAAGACUUUGCUUCAGGACCUGGUGCAGCAGUACGUCGCCAAAAACCCUAAACUCAUGCUGCGCCGAACAGAGACAGUUGUUGAGAAGAUGCUGACCAACUGGAUGUCCAUCUGUCUGUACUCCUUCUUGAAGGAAGUGGCAGGAGAGCCGCUCUACAUGCUCUACAGAGCUAUAAAAUACCAGGUGGACAAGGGCCCAGUGGACGCCGUGACCGGAAAAGCCAAGCGGACGCUAAAUGACAGCCACCUGCUACGAGAGGACAUGGACUACUGCUCAGUGACGCUGAAUGUCCUGGUAAAGAACGGACUCGAAGUUCAGCCUUGUCCUGUUAAAGUGCUUGACAUUGACACCAUCACACAGGUGAAAGAUAAAAUUUUGGAUCACGUCUACAGAGGAGCUCCUUUCUCUCAGAGACCAGCGACUGACAGCCUGGACCUGGAGUGGCGUUCGGGUCAGGCAGGUCACCUGACUCUUUCAGAUGAUGAUGUCACAGCCGUGGUUCAGGGUCGCUGGAAGCGUCUCAACACGCUGCAGCACUACAAGGUGCCAGAUGGAGCCACAGUUGCACUAAUCCCUCGACUUCACAGUUCAGGAGGAGUCAACCAGGUGUUCCAGACCGGAGAGAAAACACCAAUGCUGGAGGGCGAGGAGGAGGAAGGACUGCGUCUCUGGCACCUGGUUAAGAGCAGCGAAGAUCCAGAAAUCCCCAAACACAGGAAGAGCAGCAUGAAGGAGCGGGAGAGGGCCAAGGCCAUACCUGAGAUUUAUCUGACCAGACUUCUGUCCAUGAAGGGGACGCUGCAAAAGUUUGUUGAUGACGUCUUCAUGGCCAUCCUCAGCACCAAACGUUCUCCUCCUAUCGCUGUCAGAUUUUUCUUUGACUUCCUCGAUGACAUGGCUGAGAAACACGGUAUUGAUGACAAGGAAACCGUCCACAUCUGGAAGACCAACAGUCUUCCUCUCAGGUUUUGGGUCAACAUCCUUAAGAAUCCUCAGUUUGUUCUGGACGUCCAGGUGACCGACAGCAUUGAUGCCGUCCUGUCGGUCAUCGCCCAAACCUUCAUCGACUCGUGCACCACCUCAGAGCACAAAGUUGGACGGGACUCACCUGUCAACAAGCUGCUGUAUGCCAGAGAGAUCCCACGAUACAAACAGCUGGUUGAAAGGUAUUACGGGGACAUCCACAGCGCCGCCUCAGGAUGUUAUCAGGAGAUGAACUCGACAUUAACUGAACUGUCUGGGAGUUUUGCCUCAGACAUGAACAGUCUUGUUGCUCUUCAUGAACUCUACAAGUACAUCAACAAAUAUUACGACCAGAUCAUCAUGUCUCUGGAGGAGGACACCUCAGGUCAGAAGAUGCAAUUGGCUUAUCGGCUACAGCAGGUUGCUGCCCUGGUGGAGAACAAAGUCACUGACCUUUGACCUUUGAGCCUCUGAGGAAAAGAACCAACUGUAGCUGCGGAACUGAUUGGACAGCUGGGACUCGACGUCUUCCUGCUGCAUGUUGGUUAAAGACAGUUUUGAGUCAGUCUUCCAGGUCUUUCAUGCAGCAGCAUCUCAUAUUAAACUCAAGUUUAUGUCAGGUUAAACCAAUCCAGACAUAUCAAAUUAUGCUGCCAUGUGGCGGAGAACGACAAUCUAUCCAGUGAGAUGAAGAAAUCUCAUCCUUACCUGAGGGAGUUCCCUGCUGUCAGCAAAUCAAAAAGCACAAUUUGUAUUUUCUACUGGAUUGCAAAGCUGCUGUUUGUUCUGAAGCCAGCAGCUCAGACUGUGAACAUCCCAGCAGAUCUGGGAUCUGUUCCAGUUUUCCUGAAUGCAAUAAUAGAAUCUGAAACAGGGAACAUUUCAUUGUGACUGCCAGCCUGGAGGAACCACCAAACCCUUCUCCCACAACUGAGUCCCGGGAAUCUGCUGCUUCGGAAGGACUGUUGAGUUGUCAGUUCUUCAAAAAGACUGCAACUUCAACUUGAACCUUCAGACCUAAACUUUAUCUUUUCUCUCCAGAAUUUGAUCCAGCAGCAGCACCUUCAGCUCCUCACAGAUCGUACCGGAGCGCCUCACACCUCUUAGCUGUGUUCCAGGGUUUCCUUCUUGCUUUUUCCCCAUUUGCUUUCAUCCGGGGCCUUUGAAGAUGGAAGCAUAAAUCUGACCGGGUCAGACGAGAGCAGGAACAUCUUCUCCUCUGAAGUUUUGCUGUGGCUCUCACUAGGAAAUCUUUUUACAUCCUGGAGGGUUUGAGUUAGAGAUUCCAUGAAUUACACUCAUCCCACAGAUGCUAAGUUAAACUGAUCUGAAACAUUUCAUUCAUCCUGGAUUGAACACCUCACCAUUGUGCGCUGUCUGCAGCUGUACCAUGGUAACCUGCUCACCCAGUAGCCAGGUAAACCUGCAACCAAGACACCAGGUGCGUAUUUGACCUUGUAACUAGAUAACAUGGUGACAAGGAAGCCUGCUAUCUAGGUAACCCAGACACCAGCCAACCUGGUAACUAGCACACUAGCAUCUACUCGGCCUGUUUCUGGGCGUUUCUGCUAGUAACCACUACCAGGCUGCUGCCCAUAAGCCGAGCUGGGCCAAGAACAGGUUACCAGAGACGGCCACUGGUGGAGUCACUGACUGCAUCUAACAUCUUGUCCUGAGCCGCUGCAAACCUGUCGACUGAACUGCAUCCAUUGUUGCGUUGUUAUGUUUGUGGUCGGGUACAGAUCACGUCGUGCUGCUGUUCAAGCUGGACUCCGAACCAAACUGUGUAGAUCUGACAACAGUAGAGCUGCAUAGAGAUGCGUUUGAUAAUAGAACAAAGGCAUUAGUCACCUGGUUACUAGGGUCAGCCGAGCUCUGGUUCACACACGGUAGCCUCGACUCAGAGGUGAGCCGCGAGGGACCCGCUCUGCAGGUGCUGAACUAGUUCUGCCCCCGCACUUAUAUUUACGCUCUAGUCAUGUGACCUGAAACAGGAAGUGGAGUUGCACUGAAACCCAAAGUUCAAGUUGCCAAUCACUGAUAAAAGCAAUCAGAGGUGUGUGUGUGCGCGCGUGCGUGCGUGCGUGUGUGUGUGUGUGCGCGAGUUUGAUCCCAGCUGUGCCUUCACUCCUGCAGCCGUGCGGUGCCAUGUGUCCCAUUGCAUGAUGGGAAAAUCAAACAGGUGGACUCACGUGUGUCCUUCAGCCAUUCCAGCUGGCCCUCUUCUGCUCCAGCUGUUCGAAUGGUUGAGCUGCUUUAAAUAGUUGGUCAGGUGUUUCCAGUUUAACCGGUUUCACCAGCCUAGCUGGUUUUAGUGGUUUGCCGUGCUGAGCUGGUUUUGUUGGUCUUACUGGUUUCACCGGUGUUCCUCGCUUUCAUUCUGUUUAACUCAGAGCAGUUUCCUUCUUCAGAUGAAUCCAACUGUAUUCCGUUCUCACUGGUGAUGGAUGGUUCCCAUCUACUCACCACCAGUUGGAUUCAUCACCACACCAGCUGUGUCUCUGUGUCAACUCUCGUUUUUGUACCUGCUGGUGUGAAUAACCAAACUGAUCCAGAACCAGGACCCUGCUGAGCACUCUCGGACCGAUCUGGACUUCUUCAGCCACUCUGGACUGUCGUGGACUCUCUUGGUUCUAGAUGACUGAACAGAACUCAAAAGACAUACUUGGUGGAGUCCACCAAGAUGUUUUGGACCCUGCUGGCCCAUGUCCCCUUGACCCACCGGAUAAAAUCUGGUGCUGGCCCGGUUGUAGACAUGGACCAGGCUUUACUGAAUGCUCUUCCUUCUUCUCUGUUUUUUCAGUGUGCGUUUUGAGCCCCUUUUCUACCCGUAGUUGUAGUUUUUGGUCCCAGUGACUUCUGCAUGCAAUGAUGAUGUUGAUGCUUGGUGCUUCUUCUACAUUUUCUUCACUGUUUACUUUAUCAAAUGAGGGGUGGGGCUUACACUCAUCCUAUGUUGAUGCUCAGCUCUGAUUGGUCGAGCUGUUUGUUCCUGAAGAAUUUGAGCCCAGAGUGACAAAGCUUUUCUACUGAUUGUACAGUUUACUAAAAGUAUGUAAAUGUGCCUGUAAAUAUGUGUGAGGAAGACGUCGAUGAAGGGGAUGAAGACGCAGAAGGCCAAACCGUUUCUAUCUUGUAAAAUAAAAUUCUAAUUUUA